ACUGGGGCGGUUUUGCUGCUUGCUGCAGCUUGUGGUAUGCCAAUUGGUUAUUCGGCCGUUUUGCUGCCGCAACUUCAAGAAAGGAAUGACUCCUUGGCAACAGAUGCCGACAUGGGCUCCUGGAUUGCAUCUGUGCAUUCUCUGGCGUCUCCAGUUGGGUCAUUUCUUUCGGGUUCUCUGAUGGAUCGUUGUGGUCGUCUGAGGGCAUUGCAGAUCUCGGUCGCUCCACUCAUAGGCGGCUGGGUAUUGCUCGGAUGCGCUCCUUCGCAUGCUGUCUUACUGGCCGGAAGGCUUGUGGCUGGAUUUGCUGUCGGGCUGAUGGCUCCACCAUCACAGGUGUUUCUGGGCGAAAUAUCAGAACCCCGGCUAAGGGGGACGUUGAUCGGAGCCCCAUUCGUGUCAUAUUCUCUUGGAAUUCUUCUAGUAUAUGCUCUGGGCAGCUCUUUACAUUGGAGAGCCGUAGCUGGUGCAGCAACCGUGCUGCCAGCGCUCGCCUUACUGGCGAUGUGUUUGAUGCCCGAAAGUCCAGUCUGGCUCGUUAGGAAAGAAAAGCGAAAGCGCGCCGAAAAAGCUUUGUUGUGGCUUCGAGGUGACGAGAAACUG